AUGGACGGAGGCGAGAUAAUGAUAUCCCUGGAUCUGGAGCAGCCGCAGCAGAAGCAGCAGCGAACCGGCAAUCCUGUGGCCGCUGAUCGGAGUGUCAGCGAGACGCGUUACUACUCUGACGAUGGGACAAUUACCUUCGACAUUUGCGACAAGGAGGAAGGGCGGUUGCUGCUCGCAGGGGCGUGCGACAGUCGCGAGGAUGGCGGCGCAUCGAUGCGACGAUCGGCGGCAGAAGCGACGGCCACGGGUGAUGGCCACGGCACCAGCAGCGGUGCUGCUUCUGCUGCUGGUUGUGGUGCUGCUGAUGAUUUCGGGGAGGUGGAAGAAGGCGAGGGGGACGAUGGAGAGCCGAGCCUAUGGUCGGCAUUGGCGUUUGCAUGGGUGAGUCCGAUAGUGCGCAUGGGCGCGCGCAGAGCGCUACAGCUGGCGGACCUACCCCCGCCCCCCCGCACCUGUCGCGCGGAAUGGCUGGACGCGCAAACGGCGCGCUUGCAAGGGGAGGGGCGGAAGGAGGAGGAGCUUUGGGAAGGGGGGCAGGCGGAAAAGCGGGGGGAAAGGAGAAGCGGUCAGUCCGUGGUGUCGUGCGGAUGGCGGGAUGAUUGCCCCGAGGGUGCGGUGGCCCGCGCUGGUGGGAUGGAUGGUGCGAUAGCCUACCUUGAAGCGUGUGGUGGCAGCAGCAGCAGCAGCAGCAGCAGCAGUGUGGCAGGGCAACCCGCACCCACAGAGGGUUACCUCACUGCAGCAGGGCUGGGCGCAGUGGCGGUGGUGAUGGCCGUGGUGAGCCAGCAAUUGAGCUACCGAUCGUAUGUUGUCUCCACCAACACACACACCGCUGCCAUCAGUGCAGUGCACCGUCACCUCCUCUCCCUCACCGCCAGCGCGCUGAGCCACGUCAGCAGCGGGCACUGCAUCAAUCUGCUGUCCAAUGACGUGCGCCGAUUGGAAGACCUGGUGUUUUUUGGCAACGCGCUCUGGGUGGCCCCGAUUGAGCUUGCGAUGGUCACGUGGCUGAUAGCGAGGGAGAUCGGAUGGGUGCCCACCAUCGCUGGCAUUGCCACGCAACUGCUGUUGCUUCCACUACAGAGCACCGCUGCCAUCAAGGCCGUGACGGAUGCCCUUUACUUCUCCUUCACCUCCGUGGUCGCCCUCGUCACCUUCGCCACCUUCACGUGCCUCGCAGGGCACCUCACUGCCUCCUCCGUGUUCUACGUGCUCACGCUGCUCGAGUUACCGCGAUACACCAUGGGGUGGAAGGUGGCCCAUGGCAUUCAGAAUAUCGCCGAGGCAUCUGUCAGCUUCAAGCGACUGUCGCACUUCCUGCAGACCAAACCCCACGGAGCCACGCACAAGGGAGCCCCUUCUCAGAACGGAUAUGCAGCACUGCUCCCAGAAGCGCGCCACUAUGCCCUUGAGGCGAUUUUUGAGUCCACUCAAGGAGCGAAUUCACAGAAUGGUUCUGCAUUGCUCCCAGAGGAGCGCCGCUUCGCCAGUGACACCCAAACCACCACCACCAAGCCUCUCAAAUCCACAGCUACUGCUCUCACAGCACCGAGUCUCCAGUCCCCGCCAUCGUUGGAGCUCGCCUCACUGCCCUGCCACAGCCUCUCCUCCUCCUCUGCUCCCACACGCCUUCCUUCCACCCCCCGUGCUGCCUUGGUGCUUGAAGGGGCUUCUUUUUCUUGGGGAGAAGCAGUGGGAGAAGCUCGGUGCGAGGGGGAGAUGGAGGACGAAGAGAAAGGAGAAGGAUUGAGCAGAAGGAGGGAGAGCCAUGCACUUCAAGUGGCAUCGGCAGGGCAUGUAUUUGAUCUCUCUGAGACUCCCUCCACGGGCUAUGGCUGCACGGACGAUGGGUGCAGGGGCUAUGGCACAGGUUAUGGCACGGGCUACAACAGAAGCAGCUGCAGCGUCGCACACGUCCCCUCAGCUUUCCGCAUGUGUUUCCCGCAGCGGUUCAUGGGCUCUCAUGCUGCUGGUCUUUCCCCUGCUGCAGCUUCUGCUUCUUCUUCUGCUGCUGAUGCUGCUGCUGUGAGUGCGCCUGUGACUGCACAGGGGGGCCAAGAGCGGCAGAAGGAGAUGGGCUGGCGGGACGAUGCACCGAGCGGGCGGGUGGAGGGAGUGAGCGUGAGGCUGGGAGAGGCGGAGCUGCUGGGAGUGACUGGCAAGAAUCAAGCUGCCAUCGUGCGAUUCUCCUUUCCUCCCUCCCUUGCUACCACGCAGACGGGCAGUGGCAAGUCGUUGCUGCUGCUGGGUAUUCUGGGGGAAGUGCCUCUCUCAUCCGGCGCCAUGCACCGCUCCGUGCCCUCCCUCGCCUAUGCAUCGCAACAGGUCUGCCUCCCACUCGCCUCUCUCUCACCCUUCCCGGUCGUCUCUAUCUCAUGCUUUGACACUCGUCUCUCUCCCACCCUUCCCACUCGCCUAUCUCCCACCCUUCCCACUCGCCUCUCUCCCACCCUUCCCACUCGCCUCUCCCUCUCCCUUUGCCACUCGCCUCUCACCCUUUGCGCUUCCCCAUUCCACCAGCCACUCCUCAUCGAAGGGACGGUGCGAGACAACAUCCUAUUCGGCACACCGCUAGACGAGGCACUGUACGCCAAGGUACUACAAUGCAUCCCAAGGAACGUCUACCCUGAUUCUGUCUCGCCUUUGAACGUCUCCCAAUGCCCCCCUCUGCCGUCCAUCUUCCCCGUUGACCCCCUCCUCCUCGCUGCCCUCUCCCCCCCCGCGUCUCUCAUUCCCUCUCCACUCAAGGUGUUGGACGCCUGUGCUCUGCACUCGGACUUGGCUCUGUGGCCAUGUGGUGAUGCCUCAUUGGUGGAGGAGGGCGGCGGCAACCUCAGUGGCGGGCAGAGGGCGCGCGUUUCGCUUGCCCGGGCGGCGUAUGCUGCACUUCACUGCAAGAUGACUGCUGAGUCGGCGUAUGCCACCCUGCACUGCUGCUCUGCCACACCACAGUUGCACGCUGAUAAUAAUGGUGGCUGCGACAAUCGCCAUAGCAACAGUAGAGACAAUCGCAGUAACAAUAGCAGCAGCAGCAGCAGCAGCAGCAGCAGCAGCAGCAGCAGCAGCAGCAGCAGCAGCAGCAGCAGCAGCAGCAGCAGCAGGGGUGCUCCCCCACCCGUGCUGGUCCUCCUAGACGACCCUCUUGCCGCGUUGGAUCCAGCCAUUGCCAGCCACGUGUUUCAGCAGUGCGUGUGUGGGCUGCUGGCAGGGUUGCCCAGGAUUGUCGUCACUCACCAAGCGCAGUACCUUGGAAGCUGCGACAGAGUGUUGCUGCUGGAUGACGAUACAGCAGCGGCGUGUGGUGCGUGGAGUGACCUCUGCGCCCUGCCCUCUGCUCAACAACACUGGGGAAAUCACCCUCCGGGCCCGGAUUUUUCGGACGUUUCUGAUGAUUCCGGCACUUGCAGUGACAGUGCUUCGGGAGAAGCAGCAGCAGCAGCAGCAUCAGCAGCAGUGGAGCUGAGAGGCGGGGAGGAGGGAGUGCUGGAGGCGAGUGGCUCCACAGAGGGCGAUGAGCAAGGCCUGCUGGACGUGGAGGGAUGGCAGCAUGGUGCCAUCCCUAUGUCGGUGUUUUGGGGCUACGCCAGACAGAUGGGCGUGCUGCCCCUGCUGCUCAUCGCAGCUCUCUUCCUCGCCGCACACGUCUCAAACUGCCUCGCAAGCUGGUUCCUGGGCGUGUGGACGGACACGCCCCACACCAUACACCACCCGCUUCUCACCCUCACGGCCAUCGCCCUCUCCUGUGUGGCCCUCUCUCUCCUCGCCUCGCUGCUCUUCCACCGCGCUGCUCUGCGCGCCUCCUCCUGCCUUCACUCACGCAUGCUGGCCUCCGUGCUCGCCUCGCCGCUCGCCUUCUUCCACCGCAACCCCACCGGGCGCGUGCUGAACCGGUUCAGUGAGGACCUCGGGGUGACGGACGACGUGCUGCCAGAAAUGCUGCUGGGAUUCGUCAAUGUGAGUGGGAGUAUGGUAGGGAUGGGGUGA